AUGUAUCUGAGCAAGGAAAAGAAGGAGUACGGGGAGGAGGGGAAUCGAGGCGUGGGCGGAAAAAACCCAUCUACUCAAAGGAACAGAAAAUAUGGAAGAAAUGCAAAACAUCCCUCAUCAUUAUAUAACAACAGAUAUAUUAACAAAUUCCAUAAAAGAAGCAAUGACCUCCGGACAAAAAGAGGGAACCAUGGGAUGAUGACCUUUGGAAAUUUGUCCCUAAAUAGUACCCACCAACAUAUGAAGGCAGAAAAUAUAAAAGCCAAUCAAGUGUACUUUAACAAAACUACAAUCAAUAGAAGUACCAAGGAAAACACAAGAACAACAGUUUACAAAAAAAAUUACUUCGCACAAGAUAACAUUAACUAUAACACGUUCAUAAAUUCACAAACACCUGUCUGUUCAUUUCAUAUAGAAAAAACAGAUCAGGACAUAAAAAAUCAAAACAAAUUUAACGAGACUGUUUACCGAAGUAACGACAAAAAUGCCAACACCGAAGUGACAAACACUCUCUUCCCUUCCUUCGUUGAGGAGGUGAAUUUUACAAACAAUCUCGUUCAGUUAUCUGCCAUUCUUAUCCUCUCCAGUAACGAUAAAAUUUUUAACAAUUUAGAAUUUGAGGGGAAGACUACCCCCUCUCCUAAUGAAUGCAAUUUGUGCAUCUACGUGAACGUAGUAAAUAAGAACCAACCUCAAUAUUAUAAGCAACUUUUUCCUGUUUCAUAUAAUUUUAAAAAUCGGCUUCUGUUCGCUACUCCAAGUAGCUCCUCUGUGGUCGAUUCAUCUCUCCUGGUGGACAAAAUAAUCAUCAAAGGGAAUUUCAAGACCCUCUCUCUCAUCGUUUUGGGCCAACCGGAGGAGAUAACCGACGCGUUAAUGUCCUACCGAGAAAACCUCCUCGACGGUAAUCUAAGAAGCAAGAUAAGCGAAGACACACUCGACGUUGAAAACAUAGACCUGGAAAAGGACGACUUGUAUGUCCCCAAAAGACCCGUCGAUAUCAGGACGUAUAACAUCAACACGCUCAUCGAUGAGAAGCUCAUUUCGAAGCAACCCAGUGAGGGAAAUUAUUUCGACAAAAUUGACUGGUCGUUAGGGGGUGCCCAGGAUGAAGGGGGCGAAUACAGCAAACUUGGCCCAAUUGGUCAAAUCGGCCCAACGGGAGAACCGCAGCAACUGCUCCAACUGAAGCAGCUGUGUGACCUCCUAGAGGAACAGUUCCUAAAAAAUAAUGCGGAUCAGAUUGCAAACUCAAAUUACGAAAAUGCCGCAAAAGGGGAAGAAAAUGAAGCCGAGCAUAAUAGCCCCCACGAAGGAAAGCAAACAAAUGAGGAAAACGUCGAAGAACCAGAAACAAAACAAUCACACGAACACGAACACACCAGUGAUGUUAUUGACAUGAGCGCAACAGAGAGUGAAACAACUCCCACCAAAAAUGACUCCACCCCAUGCUUCAUCCCACCGGACAAUGAACUCAUAAUAAAGAUACUAAACGAGCUUACUGAAAUGUAUAAAAUCAGAAAACACAUUUCCAAGGAGAAUUCCAUAACCUAUAGGAAAAUUAUUAAAUACGGAAUGAUGUGGAUUUUCUACAUUUUCAAUGAAAUAAAAAAAGAUCAAGAAAACUUUCUUUUUAACUAUGCAAAGUACACAGAAAUUAAGACGCACGAUAUAUUAGGGUGUUUGUUAUUACUUAGGAGAUGUGCACUUUAUUCUGAGCUAGCCAAGGAUCUCAUACAUAUGAAUUUCAAUUCCCACAUGAUUUAUAUGGACCCCCAACGUCCUCAUGUGUUGAUCAAUUUAGUCGACAUGCUCAGUGUUAAUAACGUUUACUUCUUUUCGUCCUGGAAAAUUAAAACCUCCAUUUUGAAAUCGCUCAUCGCCCUCAUAUCGGAUGCCUAUGUGAUGAAUCACUUUUGCAGCUAUGUGGACGAUGAUGGAGAAACGCCCUACCAGAAACUGCUCAAGGUGUCCUCAAGCAACAAAAUGAAGAGGUACAACGUGAAGAGGCUGCUCGGAAUUAUCCUCUGUAGAGUGAAGCUGUACCAGCACAUCAGCAGCUUCGAAAGAGCCGUGAUGCACAUCGUCGUGCAUAGGAGGAGCUACGAGAAGAAGCUGUUCAACCAAAACGUCACGUCCAAGCUCAUGUGCGAGUUGAAGAAUGUACACAAAGAAUUAUUUCAACACAGCUGCAGGCCAGAGAGUAAAAACAGUUGCUACGAUGAACCAUAUGAGGAGGAAAUUUUUAUUUUAGAUGAAAAAAAAAAAAAAAAAAAAAAUUAUUACCUCCACAAAUUACAUCAUUAUGUCAUUUCGUACUUAAAACGAAAUAAAUUUUUCAUUCUUUUUCUAUACAUUUUAAAAGAAUUUGAAAUAUAUUUAAAAAGCUCCCUAUUUUUAAAUUCGUAUGACAUUGCUUUUGUAACGGCUGUGAACGACUUUCUGUUUUAUUUCCUGAACUGCUCAGGUGGAAUUAAUUUCUUACUAAAUUACAAUUUCCCGAUUUUCGAGAAAUUGUACAAAAGCAUAUGUCUACUUAUAAAUAAAAAAAUGAAAGACCUCAAUGGAAAGGUAAACCACUACAUGACAGGCCAAGCGGAUGGCCCAGGCAAUGACCAAAUGAUCAAUUCUAGCAGAAACAAAGGCACGGACAUUAGUGAGCUUUCAACAAAUGUGGGGGCCAAAAUUCAACUCUUUAAAACAAAGUCCAAUGAAGCUGCAUCAAAUUCGUAUGACAGCGCGAGUGAAGCCAAGGAUGGUAGGACGGAGAAGGCCACUGAAAAUGACCCAUCCGCCAACCAAUUUGAGGACCCCUAUGGCGAACGUGCUCAACUCAGUGGAAUCAAGCCCCUGCCCGAAGGGGACGAAACAACGGACCAAGGGGGCGUAGUCUCUAGGGGCAAUAUUGACAACGCGUCCAACGCAACAGGGGGGAACCUUCCCCCAGGCAACUCCCCUUUCGAAAGGGAUGACCCGAACGGAAACGCCCCAAAUCUGAAGAACAAUUUCAUAUUCAACGAGAAGAACUUCUUUUAUGACAACUCCAAGUGCAUGUACACCUACAACGACGUUCUAAGAAACAGGGACCUUUCAGAUGAUCAAUACCUGGAUGGGUUUAACUACAAAGACAUGAAAAAUGCCAGAAAUUACUGCUCAUAUAUAUUGUGUGCCUUGAAGACUUUUUUCAAGACGAACCUCCUAAUUGAACUCUUCUUCAAUUCUGGGGGUAACAUAUCUUUGGAACAUUUAAAAUUCUUUAACGUGCUAAGUUCCUAUCCUCUCCCAAAAUUGGCCCUUUUCAACAACGACAAUUUUUAUUACUUCUUCCUGCAUCUCAUUCAUUUGUUGUAUUACUUUAUCUACAUGGAAAAGUUGUACGAAGAAGGACUUCCCAAUGGGGAGUCCGCAACUGGCAAGUCCAAUAGUACAAAUCUGCACCAAGAAGACGAAAGAAGAGAAGGCCUAGAGAAGGACAGUGAGCGCAAAAGAAAGGGGGCACAAUCAUCCCCAAUAGACACAUUAACAGAUAUAGAUAAAUCACAAAAAAUGAGUAACACCAAUGAAUGUAUUUUAGUCACUAUUAGAUACAUCGUCGGAAUUAUUUACAACCUAAUUUUUUAUGACGACUCUGGGCAUUAUGUGUACCACCUGGGUUAUUCCAUAUAUGUGUGCCUGGAAGAAAUGAAAAACAUCACAGGGGAAGUGAAAAUGGAAAAAGACUACUCCUUCGGUAAUCUGAAUAAUAUUUUUCCAAACAGAAUUUUACUGAAAAAUUAUUUAAGUAAUGAUAAGCUCUUUUAUAAUCACUACUUCUACCUGUAUGACAACCUGAAGGGAUUGUACUCCGAGCUCUACCGCUAUGAGAAGAAAAAGUUCAACGAAAUGUCCCCAGGGAGGAAGAAGGAGCUCUACGAAGGUAGCCUCCUCAACGUGCUCAGUAACGCUACUAGGGAGGUAGUAGCGAAUGAGGCUGCCAACGUGGACGCGGCCGACCAAAACGCCCCUGUGGAAAGCCUGGUCGACCAAAUCAAACAGCGCAUAAAGAAGAAGGAAAAAAUGUACCUGGACUUACCCCCCCUAAAGUCGACCUACACACCAAAUGUCACAAGAAUUAUCGAAAACUGCAAAGUAGAAAAGGACAGCAAAUACAUACUGAAGAAAUCAAAGGAGUUAAACAAUUACAACUGCAAGUUGAACAACGACAUUUAUAUAAACAACUCCUCGAAGAACUGCUCUCGCCUGGGUAGUGGCAGCAGUACAAAUAACCAAUUCGUAGAAUUGUUAGAAGAACUGGAUGAUACCCCCACGGAGAGUUAUCCCCCAAAUAGGAAAAUCGACUCCACCACGUAUCCUUUUCUACAGCUGAACUUGCUCUACUACUACAUGAAUUUGUGCCCAAAUGUGAACUUCUUUUCCAAGUUGUAUGAUGAAAAUGGACCUACAGAGAAGGGGGCACUAGAAAGGGAAGAGGAUGAGAAGUACAUGCUGCAAGAAGAGGGCGACUUCUUCUACCUCAACAGACAAGGUGUUUUUCAUAGCGACGAAGUGCACCACAGGAAUUAUAUAUUCGUGAAAAAUGACAAAAUUGAUGAGACGAAUAAGCCGAUACGGGGGGAAAGCGCCAAGGAGAGGAAAAAACAUAACCACAAAGGGGGCAUUUACAGUGACGAAAAUAACAGCAACAUGCCCAAUAGUAACGCCCAGCAGGAAGACGUAACCUUCCUGGCCAACGCCAAUUACGUAAGCAAACUCGAACACGGCGAUUUUAAAAACAUAGGAACGAUACUCUACCUGGAAAAUAACCUCGAGUUUAUAAUAAAACUGAUAGCCAAGUGUAUUUUCUACCUAAAUGGAAACACAUUCAAAUUAGCUCUCCUCAAUUUUAACAAAAUGAGCGGAAGAGUCCUCUACAAAAUUUUAAAAAAUCGACGAAAAACCCUCUUUCUAGUAAAGUCAAUACUUAAUAUCCUUUUAAACUUUUUCUAUAACUUAACAAGUAAUGCUAAUUCUAUUUCGUUAAAGUCGUAUAGAAAUAGCGAAUUGUUUUACUCUCUCCUUUUUCUGUUGAACAAAUUGCUGAGCUUUACCGACUGGCUAGGAUCCAACAACACAUCGGAGUGCAAUCAUCAUUCGUCUGUCUACCUCCUAAGAUAUAACGUCAUUUAUUUGCUUCGCAUUUUUUACUUAUGGUUUAAUAAAACAAGUGAUAACCAGUCUUUCCUCUUUCGCUGCGUUUUGAAGUAUACAAGAAUUCUCCCUUCCUUUAGUACAUCUGGCAUGCUCCUCAUUCUGACCUUUUUCGAUUUGAAAAAUAUUUUCCCAGAUUACAUUUACUCCUUCUUCCUUGCCAAGAAUUUGAAGGGCAUUUGCUACGAGUCAGAGGAGGCUAGUACCUCCUUGGAGGAGCAGAGUCAAAUGCAACAGAGGGGCGAUCCGCAGGAGGAGGACAUACAGAUGGAGGAGUCGGAGUGGGAGGAAGUGAAUGAGGUGGGAGUGUCGGAGGAAGAGGAAGAAGAUGACGUGGUGGGAAAAGCAAACACAGCAGAAGAAAAACCCACAAAUAAGAGCAAACAAACCAAAACCAAACGAACUGCAAACAGGGCUACCGGCAGAAGGGGAAAGAAAAACAAAAAUGACGAACAUGGUACGGAGGUGGUUAGCCAACUUGAUGUGGAAACGAACCCAGGAGAAAACGCACAAAAUGGUGAAAAUCCCAAUGAAGAGGAAGCCCACUCGGAAGGUCUACAACCAAGCGGGUGCCCUAAAACGGGAGAUAGAAACCAGGACGAAUACCUGUACCCUGCAAAGGAUUGCACCUCUCCGUAUGACAAAUGGGCGGUGUGCAGGAAAAACCGCAAAACGUUCGAUCGUUACGCGCUUGAGCUGGAUCGCCCCUGCGAUACCUUUUUGAGCGACGUAGAGGAAGAUAGUAAGAAGGAAGAACAGGAUGGAGUGCCCAACCCGGACGGUGAAUCGAAUCACCACAAUGCGGAACCACUCCUUGAGGACAGCCAGAUGAAAGUUAAACCCACAGUUGACACAACCUAUCCUGAUAAAUUCAACACGGAAGGAAAUGAAAACCCACACACUAAAUUAAGCGAAGAAUUAUACACUGAACAAAUGGGUGAUUCAAACGCCGAGGAUAGCCAAAGCGGGACCCUAGAAAGGGUCGUUAUGUACUGCAAACUGGAUGACGCAUUUCAAGAAAAUGAAGAUAAAACACUAUACCUCUGUUGCGACAUAAAUGUGAUGAAGCGCAUUUUAAAUGAACAGCUGUGCGAACAAUUUCGGGUGUUCAAUUUGGCUAACUCGACCGAUGAUUAUGAAGGAGUAAUACAGACCGAUGGAAAAAACAACCUACAAAUGUAUGCUCGCCAUAACAGGUCAUUGAUAGGUAACUUAUCCCUCAACCUUAGCGACGCAGAAGAUGAAACGAGUAAAGAAAAUAAAAAUGAGGGGGGCUCUAAUAACCCCAACAAUUUUAACACACUCAAUGAUGAUAAUUUGGCGAAGAAUUACAUUGGGAAUAACACUAAGGGAAUCUCCUUCCUAUCGACACGAAAAGUCCUUUGUAGGAAGGGGAAGGGGCAGUCAUUACGUCCGCACAGUGGGAAGGAUGUAAAGGUUGGCGGAGGUGGGGGGAGCAUCUCCUUUUUGUCCCAAGAAUUUAAGGACCAAUAUAUUGAGGAGGGACAAAAUAGUGACAAUCCUGGUGCUGACAACGAUAACGACUUCCAUCGACCAAGUUACGGCAGAACAGGUGAGAGGUCCAAUAAGCAACCCUUGUGGGGAGAGGAUUACUCCACAAAGGUGGGGUUAGAAACGACAGGGAAAAAAACCACCGCUUUAUUAUCGCCAAAAAGAACCGUCUCCAUCCGCGUGACGUGCCCUUAUGCAAUUAAAAAUUUCAUAAACGAUAGCGAGGAAAGUUGUGCGGAACACAUCCUAAAAAAGAUCAGGAGAAAUGAGCACCUGGCGGAGCAGCACAUCAACCUGAGCAGGUUAAGUCAAAUAGAGAGGGAAAAAAUAUAUAUAAUAAAAAGGGAAUUGAAAAUGAGGGAGUACACAAAUUUGGAAGACCUGUGUGAUUAUAUCAACUUCAUUGUAAGGGUCAGCAAAACGAACAACGUAAUUGGUCAAGCGUUAAGCACGUAUUGUUGUGUUCUGCUUCUUAAUCACAGAAUCCCCAUUUUUUCGAUCCUUUUCAACCACAUAUAUAGCAUCAUGAACCAGUUAAAAAAGAUAAACAUGUAUAACACGAAUAAUAACGAUGACGAGACGAGCAUAUGCAUGAACAAAAUAAACUUCUACUCCUUCUAUUCCUACAACAGCACCCAACUGAGUAACAUUUUUUACACCUACAAUAAGGAGAUCUACCUGUUGAAGGAGAUAUCCAACUUUUUUUCCUUCCUCUUGGAUAUUUUCCACAUGUGCUUUUUUAACAGCUAUAAAAAUAAUUACAAUAGGUUAAUAAGGUUGAUUUACUUACCAUCGAAGAAGUUGCUUGAUAUUUUAUACGACUUGAUCCGGAACUUGAAUGACGUUUUUCCCCAGGAGCUCAUUCGCUGUGUGGUCAAACUGUCCUCCACCAUUUUCCGAGGGUAUGCUUAUGUGCUUUUCAUCUUCUUCAACAAGCACGCCAUUUUGCACAGUCAAAAGGACAACCCCCUCGUGGUAGCCUCUCCAUGUGAAAGACCAAAUGGGUGCCCACAAUUUCAGCCACAGGAGUGCCUCUUCAUACAAAAGAAUCGCAACACAGCAGAGCAGAUUACCUCAUAUUCAGACGAACAAAAGGAGAAUACCACCAAAAGCACCAACGGCGAUUCCCCCCCCAACCAGAGAGUAUUCCUUUCCUGUCCCAACUACGUAAAGUAUAUCAAAUUUUUUAUGCAAUACUAUGCCGAAUUAAUAAACACGAAAAAUGUGAUCGACGAUGAAAACAAAAAGAAUGUGCUCUACAAAUAUGCUCAUUACGUGGAUCUCAAGACGGUACAUCUGUGCCUGAUAAAUAUGUAUGAAAUUGUGAAGAACCGGGUUUUCUUUUUUUUCUCCUUUUUCAAAGUUCAGAGGGGGCUGGCCAACUUAUUCUUUAGGUACAUACACAGGUGCAAAACUAACAAGGAAGGUCGCCCACUUCUCUUUAGUGCGGAUUACGGGGGAACAAAAAAACCGGGUGACGAGCAAACAGAUCAACUGCUAAUACCGACGAUACCUUCUGACGAAACAGAAAUGGCGUUCAUUCACCUGUUCGACUUCUACCUAAAGCCAAACAGGCAUAUGAACCUCUCCUACUUACUUGACUUCUUCUCCUGCUUAUGCAACGCCAUGCAAAACAUGAAUUACAAAAUUAUUGAGCUUUAUCAAUACAUAAAUGUGAUAGAUAUAAUGGUAAACAUAAUUUUCCGUAUCGUUGAAUACAACUUUAAUUCUCUCUUCAUUCUCCACCACAUGGUUUCCCCCGAUGCGUCAGAAGUCACUCGACACGUAAACAGGAUGCUCCGCAUGCACCGAACCGAGCGACUUCGCCAGACGGGAGAAGACUACCAUUCAGAGCAGAACAAUUCCACCGGUACUGAAUUUAAGGAUAAAAAUGCAAACAAAGUAAACACGUUUGAGAAAAAGACAAUGGUCCUACCCAAUGUGGAUAACUUCAAGAGGAACUUCCUAUCCGGUCUGCUGAACAGUUUGGAAAACCUGCAUAGCUGUAUGAAAAGUAAACUGCAUGACCAAUCGGAGCGGGUAGACCCACUUAAUGAUCCAACUGGAGAGAACAAUCAAAGAGGAAAGGGAGGAGACGACUGUGGUGAUGAGCCCACAGGAGGCACAGACAAGAAUGCAAUGAAGCUGGAUGACGAAGCAGCCACUCCAUCCACGUCUAUGAAUAGAAACAAACCAAACGUUUCCGUCGGAACAGGCGAUUCAGAGCCCCCCUUGCACCUUCUAUCAGUUGCCGUUCUAAAUCUUAUCCAAAAGGUGAAGACGGUAAAAGAACGAGUACUCACUUUGAAUGCAUGUUUCGUACCCACAAUAACGUUCAAGACCUUUCUCCUUUUCGUUUGCUACGAGAUGAGUGAGUUGAAGAAUAUUUAUCGAUUCCAAACUGCGAAGAGAAACUUCUCAUCGGUGCAUAUACCGGGGGCAGAAGAUAACAACAAGAGGAGACGACGCACUGGGGAAGACGAUGGGGUAGAUGCUGAAGUGGAUAACUAUGCUGAACCCGAGGAGGAUGAACAAUUGGGUACCACCAAUAAUGACCCUGUGACGAAUAAUGACCAUGCAACGAAUAAUGAUGUUGCCGCCACACAUAUGAAGGAUUGCGGCGCCCUGUGCUCCUCCCUCUUCAACGACGCCAACGUGACGAUAAACACCCAAUUCCUGUUUAAAAAACUGAGCGACGUUUUUUACGCCCCAAAUGUUAUGAACAAAGUUACCAAGUCGUUUGAGCCCCACCAACACGUAGACGACAACUACCUCAUCACGGUGAAGAACAUGAAUGCGAGCAUCUCCAUCCCUUCUGUGAACAAAAAGUUGUACGACCACUGCUCACACCUCUUUGCUGACAUCCAGUCGAAAAUAUAUCUAAAUGAAAACGACCAGGACAGAAACAGCUUCACCCUCUUUAACGUAUCACAGGAAAGUAAGUCCAAAGAAAUCGACGAACAGCAUGCACUAUACAAUUACAUAACCCUACUGAAAGAGGAAAAGAACAAAUUGCAAAAGAAAAAAAUGGAUGCCAAAAAUGCACAGGUUGCUCAGACCAAAGGGGGUAAACAAUAUAAGAGGGGUGACAAAAACACCUUUGAAGACCACUUUAGGAACAGAAAAACUGUGUCCUCUCGGGCCCCCUCCAAGCACGUGGAUGAUUACGAAGCUACCAAUGCAGCCACUAAUGCAACCCCAAAUGCAACCCCAAAUGCAACCCCAAAUGCAACCCCAAAUGACGCCAACAGUAACCUAAACGGAAAGGAAAACGAAAACGAAAAAGAGAAUGAAAAAGAAAAUGACCAAACCGUUAGAGAAAAUAACGAGAUGCCUGCUGAAAGCACCAUCAAAGGGGAUAUCAUAGGUGGGCAAAAAGGAGCAUCCAAAAAUGCACCCACAAAACAUAUGAACAGAACUGCCAAUCGGGUCUACAAAACGAACAACACCACCAACAACGGGGUUGACGCCAUUGCUAAUGACAUCAACGGGAAUGACAUUACGGGGGUGACCAGCAGCAUGAACAUGGGGAAGAAUAAUAUUUACGCUUCUAAACCUGGGGAGAGAACCAACAGAAGGAACAAUCAGAAGGCCCCCGGCAGAAGACGCGCAGAUGGUUACGCAUCGGGUGGUGCUAGGGGCGAGUAUCAACAAGAGGCCAACUAUGACUCCAACUAUGAUGCGAACCACGACCCCCAAUACGACCCCAAUUUUGACGCGAGUUACGACCCCAACUUGGACCACCAUAAUGACUACGACCAGUACGACCCACGGGAUCAUCUGAACAGCCACGGAUACGACAUGGACGGAGAAGAACAAAACCCAUACGAUCCACUGAACAAUUAUUCCAAUGAAGAUAAUUUGGCAAGAAAUGCGUCUAACCGAGCAAGUCACCAUCCCAACAACCUCUACGACGAUAAUCACGCCCUCCACCGUUAUAACAAUAAAAAUGAUCUAAACAGAGACGGCAUGGAGAACAACAUGAACGAGAAUGACUACCACAUAAAUUUGCAACAGGAUGAAAAUUUUGACGUAGCGUAUGGAGGACAAUUUUCCAACCAUAUAGAAAGUAAGACCAGUGGUAAUGCCAACGUGAGUAACGACAUGACUAGUAACAUGAACCUCCAGCAGGAUAACGAAAACGGGGAAGCCAAUCAAGUGGCCAAUAAAAACUCCAACUUUGAAGACUGCACGUGCUACAAAUUCAAUUUAGUUGGAUGGAAAGAAUUCUCAGAGGAUGGUCAUAAAAACGAUUUAGACGUUUGCAAAAUUGUCAAUAAGCCCGUUCUGCUUAGAGACCCAAGAAUUAAAAUGAAAUUUCUUAAAAUUCUGGACAGACAUAAAAAUAUAAAAGAUAUAUUUAAGAAGCUCGGCGUUGACAUAAAGUGA